AUGUACACCUCCCUCGUGCGCGCGCAGAACGUCUUCGGCUUCUUCACAACCGUCGCCUUCGUCGUCGCCGCCUUCAUAGCAGGGACCGACCUGCUCGCCCCGCGCACGCCCUCGGGCACCAUCCGGCCCACCAACACGCAGGUCGUCAAGGGCCGCCCGCACUACUACUCGACCAAGCGCGAGGAGUACGCCAUCAUCAAGUUCAGCCUCGACGCCGACCUCAGCUCCCUCUUCAACUGGAACACCAAGCAGGUCUUUGUCUACGUCACGGCCGAGUGGCCGGCCGCGGGGGACAAUGCCAACAACGCCACGAACCAGGCCGUCAUCUGGGACCAGAUCAUCACCAGCCCCAGCUCGGACCACCUCGCCAACAUCGGGCCCGCCACCCUGCGCAAGCUGAAGAAGAGCGCCGCGGGGAAGCCGAUAGACCCAAGCAGAGGCAAGCUCUCCCUCAAGAACCAGCGCCCAAAGUACCAGAUCACGCACCCCUCGUCGCGCAUCGCCGAGACCGACCGCGUCGAGCUGCGCCUGCACUACAACGUCCAGCCCUGGGUCGGCGCCCUGACCUGGGACCAGGGCCGCGACUACGGCCUGUGGAAGGCGACGGCCGGCGGCGCGAGCGACGCCUUCGCCCUGCCAGCCAUCAAGAAGAAGGAGGACGGCGACAGCAGCAGCAGCAAGAAGAAGACCAACAAUAAGAAAACCAAGGCAUAG